AUUAAUUGACAGCUGACACAAACUACUUCUCGACAGCUGAAUUCUGUUCCCAAACAUCAACAACUGAGCAAAUUUCAAAUCCAGCAAUGCCAAUUCGUUCUUCCAUCAAGGAUUUUUCCACUGUUUGUUUCAAUUUGAUUCAAUUCUUGAAUCCCACUUUCCACUUCAUUCAUUCAAUUUGAUUCCAAGUUUCGAAUCCGAAAAAGCUACAGGAUUAACAAGCAACCAAUAUUGUGGAAGAAGAUCUCGAAAAGUUCUUGUCCAUCUGCAAAUUUCCUUUCUGUAGCUUAAUCUCCUGUUUUGACACUGUUCAUAGCGCUUUUUUGGAGGGGAAUAGGGUUAGGGUUUCUGAAAAUAAGGGUGUUGCUCUGCUAGUGUGGUGGUCAUGGAUGAAGAGAAAUCGGCUAUUGCCAUGUCGAGCAGAGAUCGGGAGCUUCUCAUUCCGGUUGCGGAGUCCGCCAUUGAUGAGUCAUCCUCAAAACCUUCGUCAUCCUCGUCAUCGUCUCAUCAUUCUGGCAGAGAGACAUUUUACAAGGUUGUUAGAAGCUGGGCCUCAAAGAAGUUCAUGACUGGAUGUGUUAUCCUGUUCCCCUUAGCAAUUACGUUCUAUGUAACGUGGUGGUUUAUUCGUUUUGUGGAUGGAUUCUUCUCUCCAAUCUAUGCACAUCUUGGAAUUAAUAUCUUUGGUCUUGGAUUUGUGACUUCCAUUACAUUCAUCUUCGUGGUUGGUGUGUUCAUGUCAUCUUGGUUGGGAGCAUCUGUCCUUGGUCUUGGGGAGUGGUUUAUCAAGAGGAUGCCAUUUGUCCGUCAUAUCUACAAUGCUUCUAAGCAAAUUAGUUCUGCAAUAUCAUCUGACCAAAACUCACAGGCCUUCAAGGAAGUAGCUAUCAUAAGACAUCCUCGUAUCGGUGAAUAUGCGUUUGGGUUCAUCACUUCGGCCGUAGUCCUCCAGAGCUAUUCUGGGGAGGAAGAGCUAUGCUGUGUCUAUGUCCCCACAAAUCAUCUCUAUAUCGGCGACAUUUUUCUCGUUCAUACCAAGGAUGUUAUUAGACCAAAUUUAUCAGUUCGAGAAGGAAUUGAAAUCGUCGUCUCUGGAGGAAUGUCGAUGCCCCAGAUACUUUCGACGAUAAACUCGGAGAUUGUUCCCUAGACAGAAGUAGACUUAAGAGAAGCUAAAAAAGGGGAUGCUAGGUGCAGCACUUGUUUAUGUUCUUCUUCGCCUUCGGAUUGGAACGGGGCACGCUGCAACGAUCAUCAUCGGGGUAAGUGCAAGGCCGAGAUUGUUGCAUCCCAGUGGUUGGUUUCUUUGCAGUGUGAUUUGUGAACUGAGUUGUGUUGUUAGUUUAUAUCAUUCUGAUAGUUCAAUAUAUAUAGUUCAGUUUAUAUGAUGUGGUGUUUGGGACUUUUGGAGGGUUGGAUUACUUUAUCCUUGGUUACUCUUUUACCACUAAAAUCACUUCAUUUAUAUAUUCAUUCAUGAAAUAGUUGUACAGU